CAAGUUUUCAGCAAAAUGAACAUCACAGAAACAGCAGCAAUGAGCGAGGCGUGUAUGGUGGAGAGCCUGGAUCGACGAUGGUACCUGGUAGCAGUUUGUGGAACAUCAUUAUCGGUUUUAUCAAUUGUUUCAAAUAUGUUGAUAUCAAAAGUCCUACUAUCCUCGAAGCACACGCACUUCUACUUCCUAGCCCUACUCGCCUUAUCCGACUGCUUCUUAUCUCUAAACUACGGUCCCGUGAUAGCAAUGGACAUAAUCAAAGAUCGUGUGAAACUGCGUUGGCUCUCAAAUCUUUAUAUUCAAUACGUGGGACCCUUACUUGCUCUCUCACAAACCUCAAUGACUUUCUCAUGCUACCUGAUCAUCCUGGCGACCAUCGAGCGAUAUCUGAUCACACUACGCGCAAAAUGCCUCGGCACAUUUCGACAAUGCCGGGGACUCUCUGCACUUUGUAUGUUCAUUUUGGCUCUGUUGCUCAGGGCGCCCAUCAUUUUCGAAAUGCAAAUAGAACAGAAUCCCGAUUGUAUUGGCGAGAUUAGCGAGUACUAUUUGAACUUGUCGCCGAUUGUGAACACGUUUUGGUAUGGAACUGUGUACCGGUUUUAUGUCAGAAACAUCAUGACAGUCCUGGUACCCUUCGUUCUGCUGGCCAUUCUUAAUUACAAAGUCGUGAAAAUUCUUCGAAUGCAGCAGAGAUCGGCGCAAAUGUUCCGUUUUCUAUCAAGUGAUCAUAAGACGAAAAUCCGAUCGGCAACAAUUUUGAUGGUAUGUAUCGUUUUCUCGUAUCUUCUCGCGAAUAUUCUAAACGUCGGUGUCACACUGUGGGAGUACGUGGCAUUUCAAUCAACACAAACCGGAGACGCUUAUGCGUUCUACGAAACUUGCACCGAUGUGACGUCAGUACUCUACAUUCUGGUGUGUGCCACGCGUCUUUUUGUAUAUUAUUUGUUCAAUCAGGAAAUCCGCGAAGCCAUCAAACCUCUCGUCUGCCACAGCACGAGUGCUCCUCGCAAGCAGGACUAUGUUACAGUAACCCGAAGCUUCGACUCCUCCCGCCAAAUCGGAACCGAAAUCGAUGCUGUAGCAAUUGCCAUUGCUCGAAGGCUGCUCUCGAGUGAGCUCGUCUUCGGAGGUGGAGGCACCAAAGAGGCCAACGACUCAUACGUCAUCUCAAACCACCACGCGACCACAUCUGGAGACGAGGAAACCGACGACGACGACGACGAUGAAGAGAUUCCAUAUAUGGUUUGAGAAGAAGCGGCUCCAUAUAUUUGCACAUUCUCCUCACCCACCUCAUUAUUUUUUUCCUUUCUGGAUUGUAUACUUUACUUUUUCUUCUCCUCUCUCAUCAUACAUAUGACCAAUAUCACGGGGUAAAAUAGCGAAAAUAAAUUGGUAUGUUUAUUC